UGUAACCAGCUGCGUGUGCUUCAUUUCAACGACGAUCGAGGUGACUAUGGAUGACAGAAUCGUAGUACGGAAGAAGAGAGGCCGACCAAACAGAGGAGGAGGGCGCUUUAAUCGUGGUUCCUCAAAAAAUUCACGAGGAAGAGGCAGUCGAAGAGAUGACGACCGACAAUAUGGAGACAGAGGGAGGGUAGAGAAUGAUGACAAAUACCGGAAGAAGUUUGCACAAACAAGUCCUAGUUUUGAGAAAGAGGUCCGAGUACCCAUGCAGAGACUUCAGAUGACAUCAGAAAACCAAGAUAUGGUUGAGGACAUGCUUAGAGAUUUACGUGGAGAAGAAAUUGAUACAUAUAGUGAUGAGGAAUAUGAUGAGUUGGAUGAUCGCUAUGAGGACCAGUACUGGUUGACUGACAAUACACUGUAUGUGGAGGAAGCUAUAAACUACGCAGCUCCAGAACGUACAGGACAAAAAAAAACUCCAGUAGAGAACGUCAAUAGAUAUGCUGUCAAUAAAUUAGUCAGGUAUGGAUUUGAAAAGCAGAGGUGUAUUGAGGCAUUGCAGCUUCUUGAUGGAGAUAUUGGAUCAUCUUUGGAAUAUCUCCACAGUAAAUGUUUUGACUUGCCAUUCCAUGCAGAUAUCAGUAAUGAUGAUGGGGAUGAUAGUAAUGAUAAUGGAGAAACUGAAGAUAAAGUAUUUAAGAGUAAGGAGGAAAAGCUGCAGGAGGCAGGAGUGACAUGGGAGGAAAUAGAGGAACAGAGAAAGGAGGAAAUUCUAGCUCUGGAAUCUAUCUAUGCUGAUGAAUUUGAAGUUAGAAUCCCAAAUAGACUAUGGAUGUUCCGACUUGAAUUGAAAAAUUUGGUUGAUAUUGUGAUGGAAUCUGGUGGAGGUUCAAAAAUAAGUGAAGAAUUAGAAAAAGAGGAGAAUUCAAAUAUAUGUAAAUUUUACCAGAAAGGAGCAUGUCGGUUUGGUGAAAAAUGUAAAUACAAGCACUGUAUGGAAGUGGCUAGCACAAAGAGUGAAACUACUGAAAAGGAAGACAAAGCUAACUUUGAACUAGAACUUCGUUUUAGGGAAGAUAAUGUAUACCCAUAUGAACCUCCUAUUAUUGGGUUCUCUUCUUUAGUGCCAGGUUUUCCAUAUCCCUUAUGUUUGAAUAUAACAGAGGGACUAUUAAAAGAAGCCAAAGAGCUAGCUUCUAACCAGUCACCUGCCUCCUUCUCUCUUAUAGCCUUGCUGGAAGAUGAUCUUAUGAUUGCUCAGUGGAUUGAAAAGCCUCCUUUAGCCUUUAGUCUUCCAGAAUCGGAAUCUUCCAUCAUCCCUAGUUUAAGGCAUUACAAUAAACUUGGAAGCCUAAAGCCAUCUGAAAGUUACCUUGCUCCAAAGAAUUUCAAUGAUGAGUACUCGGAAAAUUAUGAGGAUGAAGAGUCUGAGGAUUUGAGAAUAACGGAAGCAGGAAACAGUAAACAGACCAAGGGAGACAACAAAAUUGAAGUAGACGUCGUGGAAGACAGACCUGUGCCACUGAAGAGAACAUUUUCCAGAGAGUCAGAUAGCAAUCAAUUAUCAGAAGGAGAGCUCCUGAAGCAAAAUAGAAGACUAAAAGAUGAAUAUAAAAGAAAACAGGGUUCAAAGUCUCUGACUUCCAUGAUUUCUCAGAGGAAGCGAUUACCAGCCUGGAACAAACAAGAGGACAUUUUGGCAGCACUGAAGAACCACCAGGUUUUGGUAAUCAGUGGAAUGACAGGAUGUGGCAAGACAACACAAGUGCCCCAGUUUAUCUUGGAUUCCUACUUAAGAAAUGAGAAAAGUCUGAAGAUAUGUAACAUCUUGUGUACGCAGCCUCGGAGGAUUUCUGCCAUGGCGGUAGCAGAACGAGUGGCUGAAGAAAGGGUGGACAAACUGGGUAGAAUUGUGGGAUAUCAAAUCAGACUAGAGAAAGUGCAGUCCUCAUUGACAAGACUGCUAUUUUGUACUACUGGAAUUGUUCUUAGAAGAUUAGAAGGGGAACCAGAUCUUAAUGGGGUGUCACAUAUUAUCAUUGAUGAAGUACAUGAGAGAUCAGAGGAAAGUGACUUCCUGAUGAUGUACUUACGAGACAUGCUCCCUAAGAGGCCAGAUCUUAAAGUGAUCCUGAUGAGUGCCACACUGAAUGCAGAGUUGUUCUCGGAAUACUUCAAUGGCUGCCCUGUCAUUGAUAUACCUGGGAAAGCCUUUCCUGUCCAGUCCUUCUUCCUAGAAGAUGCUACAGAGCUAACAGGAUUCGUGAUGGAAGAAAGGUCUCCAUAUGCCCGCCCCCUGAAGCAGAUGAAUGCGGUAAGACAGGGCCAGUCAUGGCAGACGUAUGAGGAAGAUCUUAACACAGAUCCAGGAAAACCACCAGGGGAGAGGGUGAAGGAUGAAAAUCUCACAGUCAAACAGCUGAUGUAUAGGUACUCAGAGUAUAAAAAGUCAACAUGUAAAGCUCUUUCAAUGAUGGACCUAGACAAGAUUAACUAUGACCUGAUUGUUGAUCUUCUGGAGUGGAUUGUAGAUGGAGAUCAUCAGUAUUCAAAAGGAGCAGUUCUGGUGUUUCUGCCAGGAUUUGCUGAGAUACAACAGCUGUAUGAGGCACUGACAUCUCACCGAGUGUUUGGUAUCAGAAGUGGGGGCAGGUUCAAAAUCAUCCCUUUGCAUUCUACAUUGUCAAGUGAGGACCAGCAUGCAGUUUUUCUGAAACCUCCUGAAGGUGUUACAAAAAUUGUCAUAGCAACCAACAUAGCAGAGACGUCCAUCACAAUAGACGACAUCACAUUUGUCAUUGAUGCUGGCAAAAUGAAAGAGAAAAGGUAUGACUUCAGCAAAGGAAUGGAGAGUCUAGACACAGUGUGGGUCUCCCGAGCUAAUGCUCUCCAGAGGAGGGGCAGGGCUGGGAGGGUCACAUCAGGUGUCUGCUUCCAUCUUUUUACCAGUCAUCGCUUUGACUAUGACCUCCAAGAUCAGCCAAUACCUGAGAUUCAAAGAGCACCUCUGGAGCAAAUCUGUUUAAGGAUUAAAAUGCUUGACAUUUUUAAGACAGUAAAUGUUCAGGAGGUAUUGGAGCAACUGCCAGAACCGCCCUCUGAAGAAUCUAUCAUGGCAGCCCUGAAACGCUUACAGGAUCUAGGCGCUCUGGAUGAAGACAAUGAGUUAACCCCCCUUGGUUAUCAUUUGGGAUCAUUACCUGUUGAUGUCAGAAUUGGGAAGUUGAUGCUGUUUGGAGCAAUAUUCAGAUGCCUUGACCCAGCAUUAACCAUUGCUGCAACUCUAAGUUACAAGUCACCAUUUGUUUCUCCAUUUGACAAGAGAGAUGAAGCAGACAAGAAGAAAUUAGAAUUUGCUGUGGGGAAUUCUGAUCAUCUUACAAUGCUCAAUGCAUAUAAGGGAUGGAUCGAGUCAAGACUGAAGUCCCAUAAUGAGGGUUACAGAUUCUGUCAUGAAAAUUUCCUGUCGUACAAGUCCCUCCAGAUGUUGGCCAGUAUGAAGCAGCAGUUUGUGGAGCUGCUGUCAGACAUUGGGUUUGUGAAAGAGGGAAUCGUGGUCAGAGAUGUGGAAAGAGCAGCCAGGGGUGGAUCUGAUGGAGUGGUGGAUGUCACAGGAAUUGAGGCCAAUAUAAAUUCAGCAAACUGGAAGCUGGUUUCUGCCAUCUUGGUUGGGGCAUUGUAUCCAAAUGUUGUGCAGGUGAUGAAACCAUCCAACAAAUUUAGCCAGGGUAGCACAGGUGCACUUUACAAAGCUCCAAAACCUGAUGAACUGAAGUUUCGAACCAAAUCUGAUGGUUUUGUCCACAUCCAUCCUUCUUCUGUGAACUUUCAAGUGAACCAUUAUGAGAGUCCCUAUCUUGUUUACCAUGAAAAAGUGAAGACCACAAAGGUAUACAUCCGAGACUGUACCAUGGUCAGUAUGUACCCCCUACUGCUGUUUGGGGGAGGAAGCAUCUCUGUGGAUUUAGAGAAGGGAAAUUUUGUCCUUUCUAUAGAUGAUGGCUGGAUAAGAUUUCUUGCAGAUUCUCCAAAGGUGGCUGAGCUGGUGCGUGAGUUAAGACUAGAACUUGAUCAACUUCUUACUGAUAAAAUACAGAACCCACAUAUGGAUCUGUGUAACUGUCCCAAGGGAAGCAAAAUUAUUGACACCAUAGUGAAACUUAUAAGUACACAGUAGUGCUGAAUACACAUAUGGACCUGUGUGACUGUCCCAAGGGAAGCAAAAUUAUUGACACCAUAGUGAAACUUUUAAGUACACAGUAGUGCUCUGCAGAAUUUCAACCAGUGCUCAAGCAUUGUAUAAACCUGCAGAGACCAUGAUUCACCAUCAUUUACACACCUAUGCAAUUUAUCCGGUAAUAGUGCUACUAGAUCCCCUUCCAGAAGACACCACACUCUGAUGUGAAGAAACACAAGUGUACAAGUAUUUGAGAUAACAGUCCAAUCUUUACAUGCUAUUGUAUAAACAAGUACUCAAAGGUGCCAAAUUUGUAAUGUAAAUGCAGUGCUUAUAUAAAUCUAACUAAACAUGAGAAUAGAGAAUAGACCAAAAAAAAAAAAAUUUCAACUUAUGAUGUAAUACUUGACAUUGUUAACAGUAUUUAUAAAUGAAGUCUUUCAGAUUUUGAUUUAUUUUAUUUAUAUUCCCAUGAAAUACUUAGUGCAAUAAAUUGUGAGGAACAAAAAUUCUCUGUU